UGAGUUGCUGAAGACCAAUUCUAACUUGGAUCUUCACAGGUGUCUUGUGCAAAAAUAUCAGUAUAAUGGGUAAAGUGGUCAAUCUCCACUCGAAAGACACUUCAUGUCGAAAAGUGCAGUUUGCCUUGACAUAAAAAAUGCUACAUAUUAUUUCUUGACAGAAGAAAUUAGCAUAGAAAUAAUAAAUGAUACACACAUUUUGGCAUUAAGCCUGUCAUUUCAAAUAACUUACAUAAUAUUUCAGGGAUGUGUUUUGACAUGGGGAGACAUUUUUAAUGCACAAAACACUACUUUGACAAGACUUGUUCUUUCGACAAUUCAAUCUGACAAUGCACUGUAUUUUAAGCAAGUCGAAUCUUCGAAUGUCAGAUUUUUCCCAUUAUUAUAUAAUAUUUUAUCUUUCACACACGCCAAAAUUUGAAGAAUCAUAAAAUCAUUGAAUCGGAAUUAAUGAAAAGUUAUCCUGUUGUUACAGUUGACCACAAGAUGUCGCUGCACAACACAUCUCCAUACACUGUUCCUAGAGCUCGCUCGAUAUGUGAGGCGCUUUGUCUCUGCAGUGCCGUGAGUCGAGUUGGAAAGGGGCGGCGAGUUUGCUUGUCAUAUCUUUAGGAACCGUCUGCUGUAUUUUUCACAUAACAUGUGAAUUUGAAUUUCUUUCGCAUGCACUUGUUAAUGGCAGUAUAUCUUGAUUAUGGGUAAUAUUCUAACAAGGGUUAUCUCUGGUGACAGAAGGAGGAAAAGAAAGCGUGCAGACGAAACAUUUGAAAAAUCUUCCGACGAUUCUUCCAAUGAUGAUGGAGAUUCGGCAUCCGAAUCUGGUUCUCCACCUGCCCGCAAAUCCAGAACAGUCGACAUACAGACGCCGAAAAGGAAGCAUAUCAAGUCCACUUCCAAAUAUAUCUAUGAGACUCUCUUUGUGAAGGGUGAUAACAGUGAUGUCACCAUUCAAGCACUUGGAAGAGACUGGCACCUGCACAAACACUACCUCAAGCAGUCUGGUUAUUUCUGUGGGAUGCUGAGUGGUUCAUGGAAAGAAUCUAACCAGGAUGUCAUACAGCUUGAUAUACCAGACAACAAUGUGGAUGAAAAAGCUCUGCAGACGGCCCUGGGUUGUCUGUAUAAAGACGAUGUUGUUCUGAAGCCAGUCGAUGUCAUCGGAGUAUUGGCAGCUGCUACGCUCCUGCAGAUGGAUGGUCUGAUAAAGCACUGCACUGAGUUCAUGAAAGAAACAAUCAGUUCCAGCACGGCAGUGACAUACCAGGCUGCCAGUCAGAUGUACUCCCUCCCUGAUGUAGCUACCUUCUGUCAAGGUUGGAUGUUGCACAAUGUCAUGGCACCCAGUAACCUGGCUAUACUCAAGGAUAUCAGUGAGGAUCUGAUGCCAACACUGGUGGGAUCAGGGGAACUGUGGGUGCUGCAGGUCGAGAUGGAUCUCUACACUCUCCUCAAGAAGUGGAUAUUCCUGAGACAUAAUCCUACCUGGUCUGGACGUCGCUGCCAGCUGAUGUCAAAUGUGGAUUCCUUUUUCAAGCAACUGACAGGAGACGAGUGUUACCUGGAGAGCACGUUUGAAGCCGGCGGCUUACAGCUUCGUCGGCGCUUGGAUCGGUGGCCUGGGUCAAGCCCGGUACAUCAGCGCCUAUGCGUUUAUGCCACCAGCUACAUCGGCCUCUCCCCUCACGAGGCCUCCAGCGCCUUUGCCACCUUUGCCACCUCCGGCGAUUUUGAGCCUCUGCCCCCUCCAGCAUCGGUGCCUAUCUUGUCAACUUUGUCUGCUCCUGUGCCUCGCUUAGCGUCUCCCACAGUGACUAAGGUGGAUGAGGAAAUGAAGCGUGUGACAGGUUCUUCCUCUGUGUCCUCCUAUAAAGUUCAGGAUACAAGGCGGGAUUUCACCCUUCGUCUGUUGCGCCAACUAGGGUGGCUGGUCAACUUGGACAAAUCGGGGCUUGUCGACUCACACUCUGGCGUUCAUCGGAGGCCAUUUCCAGGCGGACAAGAACCUGGUUCAGAUUCCCUGGACAGGUGGGACAAGAUUCAGUCUCUGAUUCCCGCGUGCACUCUCCCAACCUCUGUCCCUCAGAGAGUGGCAGUCACUUCUGGGAUUGUUGGCGUCGGCGCAGGAUCUUACCAGCAGAGGGCGUCUUCAACCGUCCUCUGCAGCGGUUUCUUCAACCAUACAUUAAAUCCGGGCAGGCGUUCAUCAGCGGUUUUGCCUUCCACCUCAGUUACAUCGCUAUCUUCUUUGGUGGACUCGCCCAUUGAGCGUCUUAGGAGGAGUCUCUUUGACAGAGCAGCCUCCGGAUUGCCAACUGUUCGUGGGCGCCUCCUGCAGGGUUGGAAGCUCACUUACACGACCAGACAGCCUCCGGCCUGUGGAGCUAAGCAUAGGAGAAAACACGCCCCUGAGGUUUUGGUAGAGAAUGUAAAACCGCCCCAGGAUGUGGAGGAGCCGGUGUUUCUGGCCAGAGCCAUGAGAUGUGGUCGAGUUUUACCAUCCAAUGAAGAGUUCUGUUGGCGGUGGGUUGGCUACAGCUAUGGUAUAGAUGCGCUUAUCACCUAUAAAAGCAGAUUAAUUUCCCUGAUGAGAAACAACUCCUCCAGCCUCAACUACCCCGGGUCAGUCAGCCUGCAGCCCCACAGGUCCAUGUAUAUCAGACUCACAGCUUCCAACAUCAACGAGCAUGGUUGUGUCACGGCCACUAAGUCAACCGGCAUCAAGAAGAUCAGUCUUGACAAAAAUGAGUCAGUGGUAUUGCUAAGCCUGGAGAACAGCUUCAAAUUCCCCCUGUACAUCACAGUCUGCAGCCUAAUGACCACACCCAACCCUGCCCUCUCAGUUCCCCGCCUGGAUGUCAAGCUGUACAGCAGCACCACCUGCCAGACACACAGACUGAAUACAGGAGAACAAGACAAGCCGGACACCAUCGCCUCAAGCUGCAUCGGUGACGUGGAUCAGUCUCAUGAUCAUGUCAGUGACAGCUGUCAAGCCGACCCCAACAGCCAUGAUGAAUCUCAACACUCCCAUUCCCUCAGCCCCCAAGCAGAAAGUUUGUUGGCAUACUUGAGAAGGAGUAAAUCCAGUACUUCAACACAGCCCCAUGACAUGGACAGAUAAUGGUCAAGGGUUUCGUCUGUCUGUGAUUGACUUACAUACCCUCAAUAGGCUUUUCUGGAAGUCGCACCUUUCUUGCAUUAUCUCCAAGGCUCAUGUUUCAGUAAACAUUGGCUAGUAUAUGGUUCGGGCAGUCUCAUAUUACCUCCCUUGAGCUUGUUAGCCAGUCUGAUUUGCUAUGCUGCUCUGUCUAUAAGACCAAUCAGAAUGUGAGUUACAAACACUGUGUUGUCAAUAUCAGCAACAUAUGGGUUAAGCACAUUGAUUCCAAUAUAGUUUUUGCAAGAAAUUCAACUUUGCAAAUCUGAACGACAUGCUGAAGAAAGCCGUUAAAAUUCGUUUUGAUGGAAAUGAUGUUUUCAUGUUACUCCAUGACCAAUUUCCUUUUUCAUCUCAUUGUUUGGUUGGUCUGUAACAUGUUUAGGAAAAUCAAGGGCAGGUAAUUUAUGUUGUAAUGUUCAUGCUGCCGUUUCAGUUUUAGUAUGCCGAAUACAAAUCUAUCAAAACACAUAUACCUGUGAAACCAGUACAUCCAGAUUAUUGCUAAAUCAUCAUACAUAAUAAGAAUUGAAAAACCCUUGGUUUAACCCUUGCCACUGCACGAAUAAGAACCCUUGGUUUAUAUCAUCAGUUAUAAACCUAUGAUUUGUAUCAAAAUAACAGUAGUGAACUUUUUCAAGGUACCUUGGCAGUAUAUAUUCAGUGCCAUACUGGAGGGAAGCAAUUCCUUUUUUUACAAGAUUACUAAAACAUCACCCAAUGACACAAUUCAUUAGAUUUUGUUGCCAGAUACACUAACAAAACAAUGGCCUGUGACAUCAACUUUACAAGAGUGUUUCUAGGGGUCAUCAAGUUUGCCUAAACUUCUCUGACAAAAAACUGGUUACUUGUGUGAAUAAGUUACCUGAGAGCCCGAUUUUUCCCAUGGGAAGCCACUGCAACUUUGAAACAUUAGCAUGGGUCUUUUUCACAAUCACCUGACUUUGCGACAACUGCUCACAUGCUGAUAUUGUAUCAUAACCUGUGUUUCCUCUAUUUAUAUAUUGUAUCACUGAUUCCUGAUAAGAAUAUAUCUGCUCACGAUGUCAAUCACUGGAUUGUCUGGUCUUGUGAUGCUAUUAUUGUGAUUCAGACAGAAAACAACAAACAAGAAGGUUUCCUCCCAAUAUGUAAACAUGCAGUGAUACAAGUGAUUAACACAAAAUGUUCCAGCUCACUCAGCAGAUUUGUUAUGAAAGAUACCUGCUUUGUUGAAAUAUAUUAAUGUUUCUUGGCGACUUGCGGUUGUCUGCUAUAAUUAGAUAAUGGCAAUAUUGACUGUGAGUCAAUAAAUCUUAAGGAAUGAGAUAUUGCCAAAGAGAAAGUUGUUUCAUCAUUAUUUGUUAUGUCAUUCUGUGAACUCCUGAGAACUGCUGUGCAAAUAUUCCGUUUCACCACACCCAUAAUCAUGUGAUCUUGGUAGUCUCACACAGAGGACAGAGACCCGUGAAGAUCCAGGUUAGAAUUGAUCUUUGAAGCCCAUGCUUGUUGUAAGAGGUGACCAGAGGUGACCAUAGGGAUUGCUUCACUGACCAUUGGGAUUGCUUCACUGACCAUUUUGACUUCAGAAGAAACUAAUGGCAUUCCAAACCCUUGAACAUCUGGGUUAGAACUGGUCUUCAGCAACCCAUGCUUGUCGACUAACGGGAUCGGGUGCUCAGGCUUGCUGACUUGGUUUACUCAUGUUUUUGGAUCCAAAUUGCGUAGAUCGAUGCUCAUGAUGUUGAUCAUAGUUUUGAUACAGAUUUUAAAGACAGCCGCCAUAUAGCUUGAAUAGUGCAGUGUUAAACAACCAGAAAACAAUCAACAAUCAGAGGGCUGAGAAGCAGUCCUAUAAUCUGAGGGAAAGAGAGUUCACUCAAUGGGAUAGGCACUCUAACGAAAUGAAGCAGAUCACUGCAGUCUAACAAGAUGCUGUCAGAUUACCUCUUUGAUUGCAUUUCUUAUAGAUGCAACACAACUAAUUCUGUUCUCACUGUUGACAAAAACAGGUUCGUUUUCACUUUGAUGUUUUCGUCUUGGUUAUUUAUAUCCUAAUUUUCUAUUUCUCACUUUUGAACCUGUUAUGUUAUGUAAUAUCAGUCACUGUUGAUUGAUUGAGAAAUAAGAGUAGAUUGAGGGAACAUGAUUGAAGCUGUUUUAAGAUUUGUUAAAAUUUAUCAGUUUCACAACACUCAGAAGCUUAUUAUAGACAUGCUUUGAUGAAGUUGAAUACUUCAGACUAUUUUGGUGAAACUAAUUUCUAUGAGUGAUCUGAGAAUCGGAAGUCUUGAUGUUAUAUUUUGGUUAUUAUUUUAUUUCCUUGUAUUUUGUCCGAAUUGUAUUAAUUUCUAAAAAUGAAAAAAUCCAAAAGUUUUCUCAGUAUUAAAUAUGUUUAACAAUU